CACCUUCCUCUGCGGCGCCCACCUCGUGGCGCUGGCGCUGCUGCUCGCCGUCUGGACGCCGCCCUUCCGCCAGAUGGUCGAAGGCACCUAAGGGCUUGACGACUUUUCGCCGAUCGACUUGUGGGGAUCGAGCCAGAUCAAUCCAGACAAGUGCGGAUCAAUCCAACCAGUUCAGACACAUCGAGGUACAUCCAGGGCUCGACGCGGGCUCGCCGAGCGCCAUCGCCGGCCGCCGCUGGGAGUCGCCCUCGGCGCGGACGCCCCGGCGCCUCCGCCGGGAGGCCAGCCUGGCGCAGUUCUUCGCCAAGCCGCACGUGCUGGCCGUCUGCCUGGUGUACGUGCUGCCCCUCGGCUGCGGCGCCGCGGUGGAGUACGCGGUGCCGAUCGUCGCCACCAGGGUCAUGCUCUGGGACGCCAGCAUGGCUGGCGGGGUGCUGAUGGCCAUCUCGGUCGCGGUCUUGUGCAAUCAGCUCGUGCUCAUGCGGGUCCAGAGUUGGACAGACGAGCACGGCCGCGUGAAGGUCGCCGAUUGCAGCAUCAUGUUCUUCGGACUCGCCGGGCUGGCCACCACGUUUGUCUUCACCAGCGUGCUGUGGUUCCUGACCGUCGGGUGGGGGGCCACCGCCCCCGCCUCCGCGAGAAGCCACUGGCUCCUGGUGAUGGGCCCGAUCGUACUCUCGGAGGCCUGGUUCCCGUACCUGGGCAACGGGGUCAACAUGACGUUCACUCGGCUGGUGCUGACCCACGUGCCCGCUCGGACGUCGGGGCACAAGCGGUGGCACGAGCAUGAGUGUUCGGAGGUCCGCGC